AGGAUGUUGUAGGACCCUUACUUUACCAUCGAUCCACACAGAUCCACGUCGCAAUGUCGAGCCGAAAAACUUCGCUCCCAAACCGGGAUAGUGAGGACAAAUACUCAAUACUAUUACCUACCUACAACGAACGGGAAAACCUUCCCCUGAUAGUGUGGCUUUUGGUGAAAUAUUUGGAUGAAGGUGGCUUCAACUACGAGAUCAUUGUCAUCGACGACGGAAGCCCAGAUGGGACACUGCAGGUGGCAGAGCAGCUGCAGAAAAUCUAUGGAGAGGAUAAGAUACUUCUACGACCAAGAGCGAAGAAGUUGGGCCUCGGCACUGCGUACAUACACGGCAUGAGGCAUGCCACUGGGAACUUCAUCAUUAUCAUGGACGCAGAUCUUUCCCAUCAUCCCAAAUUCAUCCCAGAAUUUAUUCAAAAGCAGAAGGAAGGUGAUUACGACCUGGUGUCUGGCACUCGUUACCACGGGAACGGGGGCGUUUACGGCUGGGACCUCCGCAGGAAACUCAUCAGUCGGGGGGCGAACUUUUUGUCUCAGGUGUUGUUGAGACCCGGCGCUUCAGACCUCACAGGCAGCUUCAGGUUGUAUAAGAAGGAAGUGUUGGUGUGUCUGGUUGAGCGCUGCGUGUCCAAAGGAUACGUCUUUCAGAUGGAGAUGAUCGUCCGCGCCAGACAGCUCAACUACUCAGUCGGAGAAGUACCCAUUUCCUUUGUGGAUCGAGUUUAUGGAGAGUCCAAACUCGGAGGGAAUGAGAUCGUGUCAUUCGCGAAAGGACUGAUCACACUCUUCGCCACGACAUGAUCCGCAUUCAGUGUGAAAGUCCCACAACGGUGCAGUGCUCCUUUCAGUCUCAAAGUCUUAAGACAGGAGAAUCAAUCACCUCGGUCAGACCGGGACGAGGGAGACUUCCCCGGUUAGCGGCAGAUAUGAAGUCCUUUGCUGUCAGUAGUGGCUCCUGAAUACUGAAGGAACAUAUUGCUUUACAUUCCCAUCAACCCCUGAACAAAGCGCAAAGUGUGGCAUCAUUCCCCGUCCAGACCGCUGACUGAACUCGACUUCAACACAGCCGUCAGAUGGGCGUCAGAACAAGUCACACUGCUACACCUGGGAUUGUGUGUAUAAAAUAAAACCGUUUUUAAUAUUGG